AUGAGUCAGAAACUCCCAGCUUGGUUUUGGCGUGAGUGUGUCAAGGAUGAAGCAACCGUGAAAAAGCUCGAAUCUCAACUUUCCAUCAGCGAUCGCGAUCAAGAAGCCGGUCAAUCAGGUUACGAUAUCGAGUCUUGCAUCUAUGAGAGGGUCACCGAUUACUUGUUUGGGGCUGGCUGGAACACUCUUCCCGACGGUCAGCCACCGAGAUUGGUGAAUAACGGGUUGCUCUUACGCCUCCCGGAUGAUGACAACGCUGGUGAUGACUUUUUCGUCUCGGUAGCGGCCAAGCUAGCAGCUAAUUUCCGAACAAACCUGAUCAUUCUUAAUUACCAAGAUAUUCAGGACCUCGCAGAGCACAUUGUAGGACCUACAGGAACCUACGUGGCCAAUACAGAGCAGCACUACAUGUCUACAUACUUUUCGGCAGCAGAUGAUACAGAAACUGAAGAAUGGGUGUCCAACAUGGCCACCGAUGACUCUGAGCCCGUUGCAUCAAUUACGAGAGAUCUCAAUUCAGAGGGUUGGGGAAAGACAUAUGACUCUGCGGAUCUCUUUCGAGAUAUGCUCAGCAACCUAGGAAAGGAGUCCAUCCUCAUCAUGCUUUUACGGCCCCGGGAGUUUGGGCGGUUCUGGAACCCUGUUUGUAAAGCUUUGGGGGAAGCCAUUGAUAAGUCUGGAUUGGCAGAACAGGUACUGGUCAUUGCAACCGACAACACCACGCAUCCUGACACGCCAGAAUACGGGCCAGGUGGCGAUUAUCUCAACACCCGUCCCGCCCCAAGAAGACUAGACAUUUUCCCACAAAGAACCAAGUCUCAAGAAAGGCUUUUUAAAAACGCAAAAGGGACCCAAUUAGAAGAGAGAAACAAGAGGGUGCUACAGCGGGCUAUCAGGAGUCUUCAUCCCCUCCCCGCACAAGUGCUAACCCAACCAUAUGCUGAAUGGCCAAUCCCAGAGUCUGCGACGGCAAUGAAACUAUUCUUGAGAGAGAAGAGACUCACUUGGGAUAAGGCUCAAGAGCUUGCAGAGCGGAUGCUAGGGCCAUUCCCCUUGACUAUUGAUAUCUUAGUCUCUCUUCUAAAUCGCUACCUGGACGAAGAUAAGGCGACACAAAACUGGGGACACACAUCAGACACCCUUUUCCCGGAGCCUACGAAUGACCGUGAAGAUCGAAAAUCAGAUCGAAAAUCUGGUUCUGGGCGCGGAAAAUCCUCAAGCGAGAGCGACGACGAGGAUGGAAUAAACACGUUGGAAACUCUAGUGGAUAAAUCCACACUGAAUGCAGACUGGUCACAUAUUGAGGUCGAUCCCGCCGUCAAAUCCCAGGUUCAGCGCAUGAUCUUACUCCUGGAGCGCCGCAGCCAACUUUCAGGUAUUCUCAAGCGCGAAGCAGGCGGUGCUCCUAUUUACGGGCCCCCGGGAACUGGAAAGACUCACCUCGCCAGGAUCAUCGCAAAGGAAACUUCAUCGACCAUGAUCCGCGUAACCCCUGCCGAUAUCACCAGCAAAUGGUGUGGUGUGGCGGAGAACAAUGUGAAGGAUCUCUUCAAGUUCGCCCGCUCGCGCUCCCCUGCCAUUGUGUUUUUUGACGAUGCAGACGGCUUAUUUCGGCAGAGAGGCGGCGACCAUAGGGGUUCGACACAAGCACAAGACAUUACCAACUCAUUCUUAAAUGAAGUUGGCGGGUUCGCCAAUGACCCCAAAAGUCCUCUCCUUGUACUUGCGACCAACUUUCCCAACAAUGUCGAUACGGCUGUGCUUCGGCGCGUGCCAAAUAAGAUAUUCAUCGGUUUCCCCACGCGAACCGGACGGCAAAACAUUUUCCAAAUAUGCCUACGGGAAGAGAAACUUGGCAGAGACGUGGAACUCAAAGCCCUCGCGGCUCGCUCAUCCCGAUUCACAGGUUCAGAUAUUGAAUUCGUCUGCCAUCAGGCUGCUUCUGCCGCGCUGGAAGAUGUCGUCCGAAGCUCUAAGCCAAUUGAGAUGCCUGUCUGUCUUGAAAUGAAACACUUCAUCCGUGCCAUGAAGGUGGCCAGCCCGUCAUCUGACGUGGGCAUGAUGAAAGACUUGAAAUCCUUUGCCUCGCAAUUUGAUCAGCCAUCUCUAGCCAGAAUGAACAAAUCCCUGGAGGAGUAA